AUGACCCAAGGAUGCUGUGUUUGUGAAUGGAAAGUUCUGCAAGGACCCGAAGCUCGUCAAUGCAAACGAUUUCUUAAAUCUGGUCUUAACAUUCCAGGAGACGUCUCGAAUGUUGUUGGUUCUAAUGUCACUGCUGUUACUGUCAAUGAACUACCAGGACUCAACACUCUUGGUGUAGCGCUGGUUCGAAUUGACUAUGCACCGUAUGGUGGCCUAAACCCACCUUACACUCACCCUCGCAACACAGAAAUCCGUGUAGUUCUGGAAGGAACACUUUACGUCGGAUUUGUCACAUCUAACGUGGAUGGUAAUCGCCUUUUCACUAAAAUCCUAAAUCCAGGAGAUGUGUUUGUGUUUCCAAUCGGCAUGAUUUACUUCCAACUCAAUAUUGGGAAGACAGCUGCAGUGGCUUUUGCAGGAUUGAGCAGCCAAAACUUUGGUGUGAUUACAAUUGCCAAUGCAGUAUUUGGUUCAGAUCCACCAAUCAAUCCUGAUGUUCUCACUAAAGCCUUUCAACUAGACAAGAAUAUAGUGGAGUAUCUUCAGAAAAUGUUCUAG